UGUAACCGUGUCAAAGGAAUCGGCAGGGGGCAGCCGUGGCUGGCGACGGAAAACCGCCAUAUAUUCGACGUUCACGCUGUCCCCACCGCCAUGGACGUCCCUGCCGAUCGCUUCCCGCAUCGCCGAACGAGCACUAUCGGAUAACCGCCUUCACGUUCUGGCCGGCGGAAGAGCAGCAUGAGGACAACGCUCUUUCUAGCCGUUCUAUACCUGUUCACUAGCCCGGCGACGGACGGAUACAUGUACCACGGACUCAUGCAUGGCCUACACGGGGGGCACGGAGCGUACGGAAACUACGGAGACUACUACGACCAUUACGGAGACUACGGAGGAAACUGCGGAUACCACCCGUGCUACGGCGCCUCCGGUAUGAGGUACAUGGGCCAAGCACCCGGCUUCACGGGACAUAUGCCAGGAUAUAUGGGCCAUGGUCCCGUGCUCGGCUACCACGGAUAGGGUUUUCAAUUAGGUGAACGUAAUAAACUGUAAAUAAUUGGA